ACUCCCACCCUGUUGGCUGCACUUGUGUAGGUUAUGUCUAAGGUUUAGGUGUACAGUUGUUGUGUGAAAGUUUUCACAAACACACCUAGUAUACAUUUGAUACGUAAAUGUUUUCCCCUUGUAUUGUUACUUCAGCAAUAACGGUUUUGUGUUGUUUUUCUCUGCUGGGCUGAGACAGAGAUGUGGGGAUAAACGCUAACACGUGAUUUUGUGGUUGGAGAGAAACCAUAUAAGCAAGUGAGAUGAUUAAGUUGACAGCUGUUGAACACUGACGGGAGCGUACUUCUGUCGACAGGUUCCUCUUUCUCACAUUUCUACAAACUGGAUCAAAUGGAAUUAACAACUUAUUUUAUGACUCCAGACACAUCUACUGUGUCUACUACUCCUGAUUCUGAUUAUGAGUGGCCGACUGAUGAAACCGGCAUGUGUGACAGACGUUGGGUUAGGGACUUUCGCAGCCAGUACGAGCCACCUCUCUUCUGGAUAAUCUUCAUCCUUGGGUCUGUGGGUAACCUGCUGGUGGUUUGGAUUUACCUCACCGUGCGCAACCGCCUUAAAACAAUGACCGACGUGUACCUGCUGAACCUGGCUGUGGCAGACCUCCUCUUCCUGUGCACGCUGCCCUUCUGGGCAGUCGACGCCAUCAAGGGCUGGGAUUUCGGGAGCAGUUCUUGCAAAAUAGUAUCUGCUCUCUACAAGAUCAACUUCUUCAGCAGCAUGCUCCUCCUCACCUGCAUUAGCGUGGACCGCUAUAUCGCCAUCGUGCAAGUAACCAAAGCUCAGAACUUCAAGAAGAAGAGACUGUUCUACAGCAAACUUGUUUGCAUCUGUGUUUGGGCUGUUUCCAUCAUCAUGGCCCUGCCUGAGUUUAUCUUUGCUGAGGUGAAGUUGGACCCAGAGGAACAAUCCUUUUGCACUAUGGUCUACUGGAACAAUGCCUUCAACCGUACGAAGAUCCUGGUGCUGUCCCUGCAGAUAUGCAUGGGCUUCUGCCUUCCUCUGCUGGUCAUGUUUUUCUGCUACUCUGUCAUUAUCCGCACACUCUUGCAGGCGAAAAGCUUUGAAAAGCACAAGGCCCUCCGUGUCAUCUUUGCCGUUGUGUUCGUGUUUGUUCUCUCCCAGCUUCCUCACAACACCCUGCUGAUUGUGGAGGCCACACAGGCAGCCAAUACCACGAUUACAGACUGCGCCGUUGUGAGUCAAGUUGAUGUAGCCGGACAGAUCGCCAAGAGUCUCGCCUUUACUCAUGCCUGCCUCAACCCCUUCCUGUAUGUCUUUAUUGGAGUUCGGUUCAGGGAAGACCUCAUGAGGAUGGCUAAAACUUGUGUUGUGGGUAAAGGAGGGCUUGAUAAAGUCCAGGCAGUCCCCAAACGUCCCUCUAUCAUGUCAGAUACUGAAACUACCCCGGCCCUUUCCAUAUAGAUGCAUGUUUUCCAAAAUACUACACCUGAGACCUGAGCCUAGUAAUCAUAUUUCAAAUUGUAUUCCUGAUGCAUUAAUUACCACAAGCAGAUGAACAAUAACAUUUACAACUCUGAAAAACCACAAAACUUUAUUCAUAUUCUGACAAUUACGGACAUAUUUGUUCACUGGAACACCUGUAUAAAGUGUAUUGAAAUGUAAAUAUUGUGCUUUUUAAAAAUUUUUCCAUCAUGUAUUUGUUGUGUGCAUCUGUAUAUGUUGAAAAAAACAUUAAAGAUCAAAAGAAAUC